AUGUCUAGCGUAAAAGAUUUUAAAGAAGUUUUCAAGAAUAUGGAUCAGUACAAUAAUGGUGAGAUUUCAUGGAAAGAAUUAAAUUUUCAUGGCAUACGCAACCGUUCUCUUCCUAUGACGAUGUCUCAAGUUGAUGAUAUGUUCGGACAGCUUGAGGCUGAUGGCGAAGACCGAGUAUUUGGAGCUUCCAAGUAUUUGGUUAAUCAAACUCAUUCAUCUCUUCCGGUUAACCAUGAAGAUGUAAUUAACGUGGAGCUGAAAAAAGAGGUUAGUAUAUCUAAACUGGAUGAUAAUAACAAUAAAAAGGAGAAUCAACUUGAUACUCAGAAGAUGCUUGUUGUUGAAGACAAAAGUUUCAAAGAGUUGGAAGAUUAG